UCUGACAUGCACAUGAAAAGUGCAGCAUGCUCUCUUCCGAUCCGGACUCUGCGGAGGACACGGCGACCAGCGCUCGCAACGAUGCUGAGGGAGAGGAGCAGGAGGAGGAGGAGGAGGCAGAGGAGGACUCACCGGCUGAGAGUGAUGUCCUGGAGGAAGAAGGGGAGCAGCGUCCAGUGAAGCAGUCCCUAGGUGCUUGCGUCUGCCGGGAGUCCCAUUGGCGCUGCCUGCUGCUCUCUCUGCUCAUGUACAGCUGCCUGGGUGUAGUGGCCUGGUGCCAACUGACCCGGGUCACCAAGAUCAGCUUCAACCCGGCCCUGACCUCCUCCUUCACGGCCUCCUUCACCUCCUCCCUGCGGGGGGCCUCCGGGAUGGGCGUCGGAGGACACUCCAUGAUCUACCACGACAGCCCCUGCUCCGACGGCUACAUCUACAUCCCUCUGGCCUUCCUGCUCAUGCUCUACGUCCUGUACAUGGUGGAGUGCUGGCACUGCAGGGCCAGGAGCGAGCUGCAGUGCAAAGCAGACGUGGACAGCGUGUACGAGCGCGUGCUGCGGAUGCAACAGGCCCAACCCUGCAUAUGGUGGAAGGCCAUCAGCUACCACUUUGUCCGACGGACUCGGCAGGUCACCCGAUACCGCAACGGGGACGCCUACACCACCACACAGGUGUACCACGAGAGGGUGAACACCCAUGUGGCGGAGGGGGAGUUUGACUACAGCCGCUGUGGGAUGAAGGACGUGUCGCGUGACCUUAAAGGUUUGGAGGGACAUCCAGCAACUCGGCUACGCUUCACCAAAUGUUUCAGCUUCACCGAAGCCGGCCCAGAAAAUGAUUACCUCAACCAGAGAGCCAGGUUCUUCUCUGAGAUCGAGGGUUUGGAUGAUUACAUGGAGGCCAGGGAGGGGAUGCAGCUGAAGAACGUGGACUUCAGAGAAAACCUGAUAGCCUAUGUAGACCCAGACAGGAUGCCUUGGUACAGUUCCCAGGUGGCCUUCUGGCUGGCAGCUCUGCUGAUGUUGUCCUGGCCUCUGAGAGUGCUGAUAGAGUACCGCACUGCUUAUGUGCAUUACCGCAUAGAGAAACUAUUUGGAUUGGAGUACAUCCACAGCAGCCCCUCUCCUCUAGAUGAAGACAGGCCUCUGGGGGGGAACACUGCCUGUGUCAUUCCAAGAGUAGACACGCUGGACAGCACGGAAUUGGAGUGGCACAUACGCUGUAACCGGCAGGUGAUUCCCAGCUACUCCGAGGCCAUGCUGAUCAACAUGAGCACAGCAGACUCUAACUCCCUACAAGACACUGAAAACACUUCGUCCUCAAACUGCUUCCUCCUGGACGGCAGCCAGGCCGCUCAGAGCUACGGCGCCCUCCAGAGCCAGGACGACUGCGAGCGAUGCAGCGAGCCCAACGGACAAGUUGUCGGAGGAGGCAGGAGGAGAACCAUCACCAGCUCCAGCUGCUCCUCCAUCUUCUCAUGCCGCGGAGCCCUCCUCCAAUCCCACCUCUCCUCGGACACGUCCCGAUUCUCGCUCUGCCGCAUGUACGGCUCCCACCGCACGGUGGCGCUCUGGAGGAGCCGCAGCAGCAACCUGACGGACCCCUGCUGCGUGGAAGAGCAGUGCUGCCGCUCCGACUCCAGCCAGCUGGCACUCAGUGACAGUCCACCGACAUAUAGAGAUGCGCGGUUCUUUCCCGUUCUCAUCGUGCAUCGGGCUGAGGGCUGCGGGAGCGAGGAGGGAAGGGAAGUGAGGCGGUAUUAUAUACGGAGAGGGUCGUCCUGUGUGGAAACGUCUCUGUGAAGGACAUAAAGACAUAUUGAUCAGUCAAGAAAGAUGGAUUCAAAACAGUAGUAAUGGAUGGUGUUACACAUUAAAGUGUGUUUACAGGUCCUGUGGAGUAAUACUGCAUACAUCAAAAAGUAGUGUAAAGCCUUUGUCUGGUUCCAGAGGAAGUUGCAAGUAAUCUGAUAAAUUGCCUCCAGUGAUCUCAGUGGCUAACUUGCAUUGGGUAAUGUAGGCACCAGGAUCAAAUAAAUGUUUUGAUCAUUUGUUUUUAAAUUGUCCAUAAUGAGUCCAGCAGUUUCAUACAAUUCAGUGCUAGACCAGUGGACUCCUUUUCAAAUCCUGGUGCCGACAUUACCCACAAUACAACAUACACACUGAGUUACAUCACUAGAGGCAAUUUAGAAGAUAGCAUUCCACAUAUCCAUACUCCCCAAGACUUUUAAACACGCUUUAAUGUGUAAAAUUGGUGGAGUUACCCUUUAGGAAAGAUUCACGGAGAAAAUGUGCUCUUUUGAGAAUUUCCACUGCAUAUAUGAAGUAGAAGAAGCUUAAAUAGAGACUCUAUUCUAUUUUUUAACAGUCACCAAAAGUUGAAUGAGGCCUCAGAUUGCAUUGCACAUGUCCGUGUUAUUACAGUUAAAUUAUAUCUAUGAAAACAGCUGCAGAUGUGGGACAAGCAGUUUGUAGUGUAUCUAAAUACAACUGGUCAGCAACAGUCUCUCAGCUACAGUGUGUACAAUGACUUAAAAACUGACACAACUGGCAUAUGUGAUGAAAUGGUGCAUACUCUCAGCAUCCUGCUGUUUUUGUCAAAAGUCACAGUAAACAAAACUUCACCAGUUCUUCCACUGACUUUGUAUGUGUUAAACUGUGUCCAAUUUAUGGGAACAUGUAAGAGUAAAGCUGCAUGUUAUUACCAAAGGUCUUGUCUUUUAGUUGUCAUAUAGACAGCAAGGUGAAACCAAAGAGUGUUCUCUGUUCUUUUUUUUCCAAAGAAUUCUAUGAAACACUGCAAAGCAUCUAUUAAUGAGAGAUAUGCGGACUGGAGAACAUGAAUGUCCAGAUGUAUGCAAUAAAAGAUGUUCUCGAGGAGUAAUAAUGGAUAACAGUAUUUAACAUCCAUCACCAGACUUACGAGGAUUGCUUGUACCAUGUUGGAUUAAAUAGGAUAUUGUCAAAGUGGAAAUGCAUAAAACUAUUCAGAGGAAUUGUCUAAUGGAGUGGGAUUUAUGGUUUUGUUCUCUCAUAAUAACAACUAUUUUCACAGUUAAAUGCACAGUCCUUCUUGUGUGUUGAGAAGAAACGGAGAAAAGAGAAGAAAGAGUUAAGAGUUGAAUAAGAGUUAAGUUUCUCCGGUCAUCAUGUUCAUCCGAGGCGACGAUGUCAGACACUCUCAGACUCACUGGUACCUCUGCUGUCCUCAAGUUCAACUACAAGGGAUGAAACAAUUACACUGACAUCCACUGACUUCAGCUAACAACCUGCCACUGUGGCGGAGACACAUAAUAAAACAUUUAUGCAAACAAAAGUUUAAAUUCACCAUGUUACUUAAAGUGCAGAGACCUUCUAUUUACAAUGGCAUUUAUGUCUUUAUUUUAAUAGGGAGACAUAAAGUAGUAUUUAUACCCUUUACUUGGUGUUACUAAAGUAAUACUACAAAAAUGAUCCUCCACAAGUAAAAGUCUUGACCCUUGAAGCAUUAGCAGCCCAAUAUCAUACAAUAUUUUAUUUUGCCAGAAUAUAUUUAAUUUGUUAUCAACGUGGAGCCAGAACUAAUAAAUAUCACAGGGGAUUAUUUCUAAAAUUAUUAUAUGCUCUGUAUGGGCAAUCUGACUCUGAAAAAGUAACUAGAGCUGUCACAUGUAAAGUAGAAUAUACAGUUCUGCUGUGUAUUUUUGGGGAAGUCUUUCUCUCUUCUGACCACUAGAUGACAGAAUUGCUAAGGACAGUAUCAAUUUAGUUUAGUCAUUUUUAAAAUGAGUGUAGUGACAGUCAUUAUGUGCAGGCUAGAUUUAUAUUCUCAUUGUUUAAAGGUGCACUAUGUAGUUUUGGGGAGAGCACUUUAAUCAGAAAAGAAAGAUCUUCAUUGACCACUUUUCGUUUUUUAAAUAUACCUAAACAAACUAAAUCACUUUUGUGACAGAACAGACAAAACACACAAACUGGCCUUAAAGGACAACAUAAUUUCAUACUGUUUCACUGUUUUUGUACCACCUUUCAAGCUUCAAACAGUCCUCUGAGAACAUCUUGUUUAUUUGGUUACAGAAAAUAUACAUAUUUACGAGUUUGCAUUAUUUCUCAUGAAUAUUGUAAAUAUUAAAAUUCUGAUUUUGAAUUUAUUUU